AUGUCAGCAGGUCCUAUAGUGGAACGGAACCAGGACGCCACCAUCUAUGUCGGUGGCCUAGACGAGAAGGUGUCAGAAGCGAUUCUAUGGGAGCUCAUGGUACAAGCGGGACCAGUGGUCAGUGUGAACAUGCCAAAAGAUCGAGUCACCGCCAAUCAUCAGGGAUUCGGUUUCGUAGAAUUCAUGGGAGAAGAGGAUGCGGACUAUGCGAUCAAAAUUCUGAACAUGAUCAAGUUGUAUGGAAAGCCUAUUAAGGUGAACAAAGCGUCUGCACAUGAGAAAAAUAUGGAUGUUGGAGCGAACAUUUUUGUGGGAAACUUGGAUCCAGAAGUCGACGAAAAACUGCUGUACGACACGUUCAGUGCCUUUGGAGUCAUCCUUCAAGUGCCCAAAAUCAUGAGAGACGUCGAUUCAGGCACAUCCAAAGGAUUCGCCUUCAUCAACUUUGCGUCGUUCGAAGCAUCGGAUAGGGGGUUAGAAGCGAUGAGGGGGCAGUUCUUGUGUAAUCGAGCUAUCACAGUAUCAUAUGCAUUCAAGAGAGAUUCGAAAGGAGAACGACACGGAACUGCAGCCGAGAGAAUGUUGGCUUCACAGAAUCCUCUGUUCCCCAAAGAUCGUCCACAUCAAGUGUUCUCUGAUGUUCCACUCGGUGUCCCAGCCAACACCCCUCUUGCCAUUCCAGGAGUUCAUGCUGCGAUUGCUGCACACGCUACAGGACGACCUGGCUAUCAGCCACCACCACUGAUGGGAAUGCCAGCAAAUGGAUAUCCAGGACAGACGCCAGGGAUGCCUGGAAUGCCGCCACCACCACCACCAUCGCGAUUCGGGCCACCGGGGAUGGGUGGAAUGCCACCACCGCCGCCGCCAGGGAUGAGAUAUCCCCCCGGAAUGCCGCCACCACCGCCACCACGCUAUCCAUCAGCUGGACCAGGAAUGUAUCCACCACCGCCGCCAAGUCGUCCACCAGCACCACCAUCCGGACACGGAAUGAUCCCACCACCACCACCGCCGUCGUAA